AUGGUUUUGCUUUCAACUUUGGUAUCCACGUCCCUAAGUGCUGCUUUGGUGCUUACACCAGCGUUUGCGGUCUCGUUGCAUGAACUAGUGCCUCGCAGUGCAGCCAAGUACGUCAAGCUUGAUUUCAAUCGUAAAGUGCUCCCCCACAGUUAUCUGUCAAAUUUGGUUAAGAGAGACAUCUCAGUUUCGGAUCCUAUAAGAGACCGUUUCUUCUUUUUCGAAAUCGAUUUGCUCGUGGGCUCGAAUGAACAACCAGUAUCGGUUUUACUUGAUACCGGGUCGAGCGAUAUGUGGAUUCCGCAAACCAACAUCACUUGUUUCUCAAAGUACGAUUGCAAACAGUAUGGUUCCUACAACCCUUCUAACUCAACCACUGCAAAAGAUAUUGAUAUUGUUGCAAAUUUCACCUAUGGUAUUGGCGGAGCGUUUGGAGAAUAUUUCACCGAUCGUGUAGCAUUUGCAAAGAUGCCCGAUGUCGUUAUACCAGAUUUUCAAUUUGCUGCUAUUGAUAAAUCUGAUCAGCAGAUUGGAAUUUUGGGUGUUGGCUACGAAGUUAAUGAGGAAACCGCUCGGGCGUAUCCCAACUUCCCCGUUCAAUUGAAGAACCAAAACUAUAUCGACAAGGUUGCAUACUCAAUUUACUUGAACGAAAAAUCUGGUGACACGGGCUCUAUCCUUUUUGGUGCCAUUGAUACUGCAAAGUAUGAGGAAGGUCUGUUGAAAACAUUUCCGGUUACUUUGCGGAAUCAUUUAUCAAUCGACCUCGUCAGUAUUGGUGUCAAUGAUAGCAUGGUUUCUGGACAAGGUAUUCCUUCGGUUUUGGAUACCGGAACAACCAAUACAGAAUUACAAGCUGAAAUUCUUGAACCAUUGGCUAAAAGUCGUGGCUGGGUACUUGGUGAAAACAAGGCUUACUAUGGACCUUGUUACGACAAAGAUAUAAUUUUCAAUUUUGGACAAGGCGUUAAUAUCGUCGUUCCUUACAGAAAUUUGAUUACGCUUGAUGAUUUGCGGAAAACUCCCAGCAACGGAAUGUGCCAACUUACUUUGGAGACACAGACUUGGCUUCCUGAUCAGAGACUCAAUAUCAUUGGUAUAAACGUCUUGAGGUCGGCUUACCUCGUUUAUGACCUUGAAAAUAAAGAAAUCUCCAUCGCUCCAGUCAAAUACACCGAUGAGUCCAACAUUGUUCCAUUCUAA